GGACUGCCUGCUUCCCUUCCCACUGCUGUGUCGGAACCAGACAAAAGGGGUUUGAAGGACUCCCACGUAUUUCUACCUGAAGCCAAGAGGCCCAGAUCCAGCUGCCACCAUGUCAAGCAAGCGCGCCAAGGGAAAGACCACCAAGAAGCGCCCCCAGAGGGCCACCUCCAAUGUCUUCGCCAUGUUCGACCAGUCUCAGAUCCAGGAGUUCAAGGAGGCCUUCAACAUGAUCGACCAGAACAGAGAUGGUUUCAUCGACAAGGAGGAUCUGCACGACAUGCUGGCAAGUUUGGGUAAGAACCCCUCUGAUGAAUAUCUGGAGGGGAUGAUGAGUGAAGCACCAGGGCCCAUCAACUUCACCAUGUUCCUCACCAUGUUUGGAGAGAGGCUCAACGGAACAGACCCUGAGGAUGUCAUCCGCAACGCCUUUGCCUGCUUUGAUGAGGAGGGAUCUGGUGUGAUCCACGAGGACCAUCUGAGAGAGCUGCUGACCACCAUGGGCGAUCGCUUCACAGAUGAAGAGGUGGACGAGCUGUUCCGUGAGGCGCCCAUUGACAAGAAGGGCAACUUCAACUACGCGGAGUUCACCCGCAUCCUCAAACACGGCGCCAAAGACAAAGAUGACGAGUAGAGGGAGAAAACGACUGCCUCGGGUCCCCACAGGCAUACUGCACCACAAAUUGAUCCCUGGUUCCUACCUUUAUGGACCCUGUAUGUUUGACAGAAAUUGAUACAUGUAGAAAUAUAUUAGUCUUUUAUAAAAGGGCAGCAGUGGUCGCUGUGUUACAUUUAUUUAGAUCUGCACAUUUUAUAAAAGUUAGGAUCUUGGGAUUGAUUUGUUAUCCACAGAAAUAUUCUGCAAUACACUACUUUUCAACUGUAUCAUCAUUGAAAGUUAUCAUGAAGAGAGGUGUAUCACAGUAUCUGCAUCUCAUCGCUACAAGUCUAAUGCGGCUUCCUACUCUUUUAGGCUUCAGCUACUUUGACAGCAGUUGUUCUGACAUUUGUAGAUCAUUGCAGGAAACCCAGUUUGACUUUAGAGAUGCACCGAACACCAAUGUGUGUGUGUGUGUGGGGAAGUGUUUGGACUGCCAGAGUCAGUGCUACAUGCCAGCCAUGUUUACCUCUUCCUGCCAAUUAGCUACCACAUCUGCAUAAGCACUGCAACAAGUCUCCCUCCUCUGUAAUAUUUGUAACCCUGUAUCAUGGAGAUAGAUAAAGAAAUGAAUUAU